CGCUAGACUUUUUUCGAUGAAGGCUUCAAUGAUUAGAGCCGCUGGAUUUUUUAGCAUGAAGCUUACGAUAACUCUUUAGAUGAUUCGAGAACGUCAAAUUAUUUUUUUACCGAUUCUUUUUACAAAUUAUUAUGGCCAAGUUCUUUUCAUUAUUUACGACUAAUGGUACUGUUUUCUUUACGUAAAACAACUUCUUCGCAUAAAGUCGUGAUGAUUCGUGCUGAGCUGUCAAAGGGUCCCAUUUUGAAACAGCACAAAGAAAAAUCAGUUGUUUAUAAUUAGUUGACUUCAAAUUUGCCAUCAUUUUUCUUAUAAGAAUGUUCUUAAAACCAGCGUUGUCUGCAGCUCUUGUUCUUGUAGCUCUGGUCUACAGUCAAAAUAAUCCAGAUGAUCCCUUGGCGUGCCCAGAGCCACCCACGCUUCCCAAAACUCUAGAGGUGGUGAGUUAUUUAGGGGAUGACGAGGUCAUAAUAAGUUUCUCUGAUGAGGCAUACGAGGGAAGCUUGCGGUAUGAGUCACUAGAUGUCACUGUGCGACUGCUUAUCGCUGAAACCAAUUGGCCGAUUGAGGAAGUUAUAUAUUCGUCAUCAGAAGUGCUGUUGAAUUCGACAUUAACGUUGAAUUCAAGAAUAUCGAAUGGUUUUUUAAAUCAAGGCGCUGUCUAUCAAAUAACCGUGCGUGUAGUUGGUGAACUAUGCGGAGAAUUUGUUCAAAUGAGUAGAGAGGGUUUGGAGCACAUAAUAUUAACACGUCCUCCGACGAUCAACAGUGACGUCAGUGUCAUGUUCAUGAACGAUUCAAUUCUCUGCGUUGUGUGGCACAAUUCCAAAGAAGAAGCCAACUACGACAGAGUGACGAGCACACUGAGUCAGUGGAGCGGAGGCGAAACAGUUACUGAACUUGAUCGAGUGGACAGCCGAGUUGGACAAUUGCAAGACACUGGCUUCCAGUGCCUGGAUCUCUCAGCUAUUAACCCUAAGCAACUCCUAUUGAUCCGGAUUAGGACAGAAGUCAAUUACUACAAUUUUAAUCCCCCUAUGACAAGCCUAUCUACCACAGGGCAGAGGAAUAUUGAAUUCAGAAUUCAUCGCUUUGGAGUUGAAGUUGAUACCUAUAUUUGUGACGGUGACUCGUGCCUCGUCCAUAUCCAGGCCAAUCAGCUACCACACAGAGAAAAAUUCGACUUCAACUACCAAGUGAAAAAAUCAACCGAGACAGCAACUAAAUUGGACGGCGUAUUCUUGGGCUCCCAUUGCGCAGCUGAGAAAACUUCGUGUACUUAUCUGCUUCAAAAUCUACAGCCUAAUGAAAAAUACGAUAUCGAAUUGCAGCCCACAUUGUAUGAUGAACAAGUUCCAUUUCCACUCCAUGGGCAACUGCAUACGCAGAAUUAACGGGUACGACAAGUACAUACCAGAAGAGCUUCGUAUCAACACAGAAUACAUUGGAACAAACGUAUACGACGAAUACAUACCAGAAGAGCUGCGACAUAACACAGAAUACGUCAACUAGAUUCUACUCCCCGGAAAUAUUUUUACGACAUGCAACAUUGACAACAAUUGACUCCACACAAAAAACAUGCACAAUUUGGAAAAAAACUAGCAACUAUCGUCUAAUAACUCUUAAUAUGUUAUAAUUCCAGCCUUUAUACUUUUACGAGCUAAUCAAAUCAUGCUUAAACUACAA